AUGGCUACUACACAGGCUCUAAGACCAACAUCUGCUCUUCCGACAUAUGAGCAAGUAUCUGAGACACAGUACGAACUGGAUUGGGCAGAUCUUGCUACCCUCGAUCUGUCUGUGUUUGAUACACCUGGUGGUAAGGAGAAACUUGCAAAGCAAUUGUACGAAGCUAUCGACAAGAUUGGCUUCUUCUACAUCACCAACUUUGGUCUCAGCCAAGAGGCUGUCGACCGUCAAUUUGCUAUUGGCAAGGAGCUUUUCGAACUGCCCACGGAAGAAAAGCUCAAAUACCGAGCUGAUCUGGAGAACGGAGGUUACAAUGGUUACAAACCUCUCGGACUAAGAGAGAUCCGACCCGGAAUUCAAGAUAACACUGAGAUUUACAACAUACCCAAGUUCAUCCCAGCUCUUGAGCGACCACAACCAGAGAUUGCCAAUACACAUCGAGAUGAGAUCGAGCAAUUCGCCAGACACAUUUCUGAUAACGUGGCUGGCAAAUCAUUGGUGCUACUCGCCAUCAUACUGGAGCUGCCAGAGGACUACUUUCUCGGAAAGCACCGAUACAGUGAGAGGAGCGAUUGCCACUUGAGAUACAUGAAAUACCACCAUCGCACGCCGGAACAAAAUGCUGCGCUCGAAAAUGUAUGGGUGAAAGGCCACACAGACUUUGGAUCGUUGACACUUCUUUUCCGCCAGCCAGUCGCCGCGCUGCAAGUCCGGACACCAGAAGGCCAGUGGAAGCACGUGAAGCCAUAUCCUGGUAGCAUAACCGUGAACCUAGCUGAUUCGCUUGAGUUCCUGACCAACGGCUUCUUGAAGAGCAGCAUCCAUCGUGUGAUCGCUCCGCCGCCGGACCAGGCUAAUAUUGACCGGCUGGGGGUUCUGUACUUUGUUAGACCAGAGGACGAUGUUGAGUUGACGCCAAUCAAAAGUAACGUGCUGGAGAAGUUAGGGUACACCAAGACGUCCGAUGAGAGCGUCGUUGGUAUCACUGCAGGCGAGUGGGUCAAAGCUCGGGUGAAGAAGGGUGUCGCAAAGGGGCGGGUGAGAAGUGAGCAAAAGGAAGAGGUCAUUAUUGGGGGCAAGAGUGCGAAGUAUUACGACUGA